ACCCCAUCUCCAUCCACACUGGUGCUUCCCACCCUUUUUCUCCCUCUGUGCUCUAAUCCAUCGCCAGUGAGCCACUGGCAAGUGUGGCCACCGCCCAGCUUUUGCUCUGCUUCGCCACCCCCUCAAUUCUCACCCCCACCCCCACCGUUUUCCUCCCCCUCACUCCUCCCCAGAAAAGGCCUCCUCCACGUCCCUUUCAGCAUAGCUAAUCUUCAACCCCUCUCUCUCUCUCCUUUCACCCCUUCUCGUUUCUUCUGCAUCAUCCCUCUCCUUUUCGUUCUCCUCUGUCCCCUAAAUCUUGCUAUUUUUAUUUGUCUCGUUAUUGAUCACAUCAUCAUCCUCCUCCUCCUCCUCCUGCUAAAUACCUAACAACCCCAAACCCCUUUCCUCUCUCUUCCUCCUUGCCUUCCCCUCUUCAAGAAACCCCAAAUCCCUGCGAAAACCUGCGACCUCCAUUGAAACCCAGAACUCCAAGCUCGCCCCACGACCGCGUAGCCGCGAGUUUCAGACACCCUUUGGCGAUUCCUUCGUGGGUUUCCAAACUAGAAGUGAGCAAGCGAGUAAAGGAGCGAUCUUUUUUCCUUCCCCCGCCAUGGUCACGUCGCCCUAUGUCCUCGUUCUCUCUCUGAUGCUCUCCGUCUCUCUCCUGUUAUUCCUCUUCUCCAGCAUUCACCCCGGCAAGAACCUCCCCCUCUCCCUCCGCGACGAGAACGACGACCUCCUCCUCUUCCGCCGCGCCUCCGGGGCCGGCUCCCCCUCCCACGCGGCGGCCACCUCCACCUCCACCUCCACCUCCUCCUCCCGCUCCUUCCCGGCGAAGUUCGCCCGCCUCGGGGCCCGCAACUCCCGGCCCAAGAUCGCCUUUCUCUUCCUCACCAACUCCGAUCUCUCUUUCUCCCCCCUCUGGGAGAAGUUCUUCAGCGGCCACUCUCGGUACUACAACAUCUACAUCCACGCGGAUCCUUCUUCCAAGUUCGCGCCGCCCGAUGGGGUCUUCCGGAACCGGCUAUUCCCUUCGAAGAAGACCGAGCGGGCCUCGCCGACGCUGAUUGCCGCCGCGAGGAGGCUUCUGGCCGAGGCCAUCAUCGACGACCCCGCGAACUUCUACUUCGCAUUGGUCUCGCAGCACUGCGUCCCGCUCCAUUCCUUUCGGUACAUGUAUGACGCCCUGUUUGGGGACUCAAUCUCCGCCAUCAAAGCCUAUAUAAACCCGGAGAAGUACAAAAGCUACAUCGAGAUCCUAGCCGACGAGCCGAAUUUGUUCGAGCGCUACACGGCUCGAGGAGAGCAAGUGAUGCUCCCAGAAGUGCGGUUCGAACAGUUCAGGGUCGGUUCUCAGUUCUUCGUGCUCACGAAGCGGCACGCGUUGCUUGUCAUUGAAGAUACGAAGCUGUGGAAGAAGUUCAGAUUGCCUUGCUUGAAUAAGGAGUGUUGCUACCCCGAAGAGCACUAUUUCCCGACGCUGUUGUCAAUGUCGGAUCCAAAGGGUUGCAGUCACUACACGCUGACUCGAGUGAAUUGGACCGGGAGUUUCGAUGGGCAUCCGCAUUUGUAUCAGCCCGAAGAAAUUUCCCAGGAGCUCGUGCACGAGUUGAGACAAUCCGAGUCGAAUUAUUCGUACUUCUUCGCACGGAAGUUCACACCGGACUGUUUGGAACCGCUCAUGAAGAUCGCGGACACCGUCAUCUUCAAGGAUUGAGCUUUGAAGUGUUCAAGAAAGGAAUCUUUUCCCCAAGUCUAGGCUUCUCGGAGAGGAGUUGAAUAAAAGGGGGAAAAAGGAAGAGGGAAUCUUUUGACUACAAAGCAGGACGAAAGAGACCUGCGAGGGCUGGAACAUGGGGAGGGAAUAACAAGGUCCUGACCCCCCUGCUGCUGCUGCUGCUGCUGCUGCUGUAGCUGUAUUGUGAUGUGUAGAGAGUGAACCCGAGUCAAGUUGCACAUAGUGCGAGUGAGUGUGUAUGUGUCGUUUCUUUUUUUUUUUUUUUUUUUUUGAGAUGUUUUUUUGCCCUCCUUUUUAGAAAUUUCUGCACGAAGAGGUGUAAUGGACGGUGGGUAUGGUGUGGAGUGGAGGAAAAUCAAUACCAAGGCUCGUUGCUUUUCCUCCUCCAUCUCGAAGUUGAAGAUGGAACUUUCAUUCUCCCGUUUACCCGCCCUUCAAACUGUGACUUUAAUUGUAAUCUACGGGUCGCCUUUACCUUUGAAUUUAAGAAGAAAUCGUCUCCUUCUUUUCCCUUUGA